AUGUUCAUUGGCGGUCUGAAUUGGGAGACGACUGAUCAGUCUCUGCGCGAUUACUUCUCACAGUACGGCGAAGUCACCGAAUGCACAGUCAUGAGAGACGGUGCGACUGGUCGCUCUCGAGGUUUCGGGUUCUUGACUUUCAAGGAUCCCAAGACUGUGAACAUUGUUAUGGUCAAGGAACACUUCUUGGACGGAAAGAUCAUUGAUCCCAAGCGAGCCAUCCCACGAGAUGAGCAGGAGAAGACCAGUAAGAUCUUCGUUGGAGGUGUAAGCCAAGAUACGACGGAGUCUGAAUUCAAGGAUUACUUCGCUCAGUUCGGCCGCGUUGUUGAUGCAACGCUCAUGAUGGACAAGGACACGGGCAGACCUCGAGGCUUUGGCUUUGUCACGUUCGAGAGCGAAGCCGGGGUCGACGCAUGCUUGAGCACUCACUUGGAGAUUCAUGGAAAGCCUAUUGAGGUCAAGAAGGCCCAACCGAGAGGCAACAUGCGCGAAGAGGAAGAGACUUCGCGACGUGGUGGUGGCAAGUUCAGAAAGGGCGGGGUCGAAGAGCAGAACGGCGUUCAGAACCAGAUGGCCAACCAGAUGGGCCAAGGAGGCAUGACACCGCAGGUCAUGGCCCAAUACAUGCAAAGAAUGCAGCAGUACAUGGCCAUGAUGCAACAGCAGGUGGCCAUGAACCGAGGCAUGGGAAUGGGCAUGGGCAUGGGAGGCAUGAACCCAGCCAUGAUGCAGCAAAUGAUGCAAAUGCAAAUGGCCCAAAUGGCUCAGGGCGGAAACCAGAAUGGCCAAAAUCCCAUGGCAGGCAUGAACCCCGCCAUGAUGCAGCAGAUGCAGCAACAAAUGCAGAACCAAAUGGCACAGGCCGGCAGCCCGGGCGUUGGUGCUGGAGAGCAACAGGGUUUCAACCAACAACAGAUGUACGGCGGUGGACGUGGCGGUCGGCGUGGAGGACGUGGAGUUCAAAACUACAACCAAGGCGCCUACGCCGUGGCUGGAGGCGGUGGAGGAGAUCCGACUUCGUGGGAGGGCAUGUAUGACGACGUUCCCCAGCCGAACCCCAACCAAGGCGGCCGUGGAGGAUUUGGUCGGAACAGGGGCGGGUCAAACCACAGUCCCGGACCGACGGAUCCGAACGCAGCACCGCCUCCGAAUGCGCCCACUGGUCCCAAGAAUGCCGGAAAGCCUGGUGCCAACUACCGAGGCGGCGGACGAGGCAGCAGCCGCGGCUAUCACCCGUACCAGCGCUAG